AUGGCGAAAAAAUAUUUAGUUGUACCUGCUUCAUCCGUUGACAGCGAACGGUUGUUUAGUUUGAUGGGGAUAUACUACGGUAAUAGGAGAAGAGUCAAGCUCUCAAAUAAGUCCACGAGGGCAUUUGUUUUGAUCUCUUCAAAUGAGAGAGAAGCGAAAGAAAAAACUUGGGCUACAUCACAUCUAAGCAUUAUAGACACGGCGCAAGAGGAAAACCUUGUUGACCUUAUUGAUUUUGAAUCUGAGGAUUCUGAUGGUGACGAAACUUCUGAAGUUUCAUUAGAGUUAUAA